AUGAGUCCGGAAACGAAGAUGCUGCUUGAGGAGCUCGACAAGCGCUUCGCCGCCCAGGACAAGCGUUUCGGUGGUAUUGAGCGCAAGCUCGACGCCACCACGACCUCCUCGAACACCCGUCUCGACGCGUUGGAGUCCUCCACCAGGGUGUUCGACGAAUGGCGCCCCAGCAUGGAGGGCAUGGUCGAUGACCUGCGGCUCGAGGUGAACAAGCUCGUGACCCUAAAGCUCGAAGUUGGGAAGAUUCCCAAGUACGAGGAGCGUUCGAUGGUGGAUGCACCGUCGACGACUUCGGGUGUGUUCGCGCCCGCGUUGCUUGCCAAGUCUGCAUCGGCACCCUCUUCCCCAAGCGCCAUCAUCCACGACGCCAAGCCCGCCAUCUCCCCCAACUUCAAGUCCGCCGUCAACAACAACUUGAAGUCAGCCAUCAACGGCGCCUUCUAG